AAGGGGCUCGCGCCCGGAAGCGGCGGGUAAGCUGCUGCAGGGGUCAUGGCCAUGGCCACGGCGACGCUCCGGGUUGCGGUUGGCGCUUUGCGCCCGCCUGAAUGGCUCCGGGGAACUUUGUGGACACAGAUUAGAGACACCCACCAGCAAGCUUCAUUGUUGUCCUUCUGGGAACUUAUUCCCAUGAGAGCAGAACCUCUUCGAAAGAAGAAGAAGAUAGAUCCUAAAAAAGACCAAGCAGUAAAGGACCGCUUGAAAAAGAGGAUCCGAAAACUGGAAAAAGCUAGCCAAGAGCUAAUUCCCAUUGAAGAUUUUAUUACCCCCACAAGGCUCUUGGAUAAAAAAAGACAGAGGCCUCAGGUGGAGCUCCCCUUUGAGGAGAGUGAGCGGAGAGCUCUGCUUCUGAAGAGAUGGUCUCUGUACAAGCAGCGAGAGCAUGAGAUGGAGAGGGAUGCCAUCAGAGUCAUGCUGGAGGCCCAGCAGGAAGCUCUGCAGGAGCUGCAACUUGAGUCCCCGGAGCUCCACACUGAGGCCAUCAAGCGGGACCCCAAUCUGUUCCCCUUUGAGAGGAAAGGGCCAGAUUACACACCACCGGUUUCUAACUACCAGCCCCCUGAAGGCAGGUACAAUGACACCACCAAGGUGUAUACACAGACAGAGUUCAAGAAAUAGAGCUGCAGGCAGCUGUCUUUGGAACACAUUGCCCCUGAGAGUCAGAACGAUCAGGGUCCAAGUGCUUUCCACAGAAUCAGGCAUGCUGUUAAUAAAUAUUUUUAAUCAAGUA